UAAAACUUUUAGUACUCUGCUCUUCCCAUUUCCCGCGACCUUGCCCUCUCCAGGAUCGCUGGAAAAUGUAAUUGGAGGGCAAGAGGGGGCAGUGGUUGUCGUGCUCGGGCACCAUGAAUGUGUGUAACAAUACUGAUUUGCCGGAGCUCGAGAUUAUCAGCUUAUUGGAAGAACAACUGCCGGUGUACAAGCUGAGGGCUGACACCAUCUUCGGUUAUGACCAAGAUGAUUGGCUGCACACUCCCCUCUUGGGCCCUGACGCUGCCGUUGACCUGACUACUGAACAGAUUGAGGAGACCCUCAAAUACUUCUUGUUGUGUGCUGACAGAGUGGGCCAGAUGACGAAGACCUACAGCGACAUUGACGCUGUCACUCGACUGCUGGAAGAGAAAGAGCGUGACUUGGAGUUAGCGGCUCGCAUCGGACAGUCACUGCUGAAGAAAAACAAGGCCCUCAGUGAGAGGAAUGAACUGCUGGAGGAGCAAGUGGAGCACAUACGAGAGGAGGUGUCUCAGCUGCGCCAUGACCUGUCCAUGAAAGAUGAGCUGUUACAGUUCUACACCAAUGCAGCCGAAGAAAGCGAAGGCGAGUCGAUUACCUCUACACCUGUCCGUCCCAGUGAACCAAGUGUGUCAUCGCCAAACUUUUUCCCCCUGGAGUCGUUGCAGAAGAAACUCAAGGAUUUGGAGGAAGAAAACAAAUCAUUGCGAUCUGAGUUGCAGGAGUUGCAAGACAAGUAUGCAGAGUGUAUGGAGAUGCUCCAUGAAGCUCAGGAGGAACUGAAGAACCUGAGAAAUAAAACUCUCCCGCUCAGCACGGCGAGGCGUUUCCAUUCCCUGGGCCUGUUCCCGAUGGACUCACUGGCAGCAGAAAUAGAGGGCACCAUGAGGAAGGAACUCCAAAUGGAUGAUCCAGACGUAGAAGAGCAGAGACUGCAUCCGAAGCGAGUUUUCCAAACGGUGAAAAACCUCAAUCUGAUGCGUCAGCAGCGUUCUUCUCUAGCCCCCUCUCCUCUCAACAUCCCCGGCUCCAAUCAGACUUCAUGCUUCACCUCAGGGCGUUCCAGCAGGGUGGGCACGCCACGCUCCAACUCCAUUUAUGGUAGUGAAACAGGAAGUGGGAUCAUCCUAGACAACAGGACUAGCAGUAUCCUGGAGAUGCCUGAUGACGGGUCAGAGGACUCCAACAAGCGCCCCCCUGGUACCCCUGGGACUCCGGGCAGCAGGGACUUGGAGGCAGCAUUGCGUCGCCUGUCGCUCCGCCGGGACAACUACCUCUCAGAAAGCUCUGCUACGCUCCACGCAUGGCAGCAGCUGGCUCAGCCUCACAUGGGUGCUCUGCUGGAUCAUCGGCCCGGUGUGGUCACGAAGGGCUUCCGCACUUUAGCGCACGAACAGGAACAGGAACAGGAGGACAGCUGGCAGCUGGACCAACCAGAGGAGGAUGAAGUAUCAUGUGACUCAUUUAGAGGCGUGCUAGGGGAGAGCCCUGCUCCCACGGAUCUGCCUCGCUCUACCUCUACUCCCGCAGUCUGCCGCAACAAAAAUGGCAACACUGAAGAAAUCAGCCAGUCAGACGCACUGAAUGGAACGAUCUGCGUGGCGGCAGAAGCAGUUCAGGGAAAUGAUGGACAUGUUGCAAGCAUGCCCUUUCCUCUCUCCAACACGUCCCCUUCCUCUCCGCUGCCUUUUUCUCCCGAGAUCAACGGGCAUGUGGACCCCAAAGAGCGCCAAACCUUACAGCCAAACACUGUGGACCGCAUGCCUGUUCUUUUCCCAGGGAAGUGUAUGUCCCACACUAGCUCCACAUACACCUUCACCACCUGCAGGAUUCUCCACCCCUCUGAUCAGCUGACCACUGCAUCCCCCAGCCCAGCCAUGGCUGCGUGUCAGAGCAGUACCUGCCCGGGCACACCUUCCCUUACGGCCUCCCCUGUACCCUUCUCAGCCCCACACACGCCUUCCUACACACCCUGCUGCACACCUCGCCGCCUUUCCCUCUCCCUCUCCCUCGCCGAGUCCUCCACCAACCUUAGGGACUCCACUAAAACCACCAGCACCUCUCUAGGCCUGGUGCGCCUCCUGCUGGAGAAUGGAAUUUCUGCCUCAGUGUACAACCCACGCAGCUGGGACCGAGGGCUGGAUGCUUCGGCAGUGUUGGGAGGGGUUCAAGCACAGAGGUGCACAGAGAGACCGGAGCAGGGUGGAGUCAAGCAGCUGGGAAAACGUCCAGACACCCUCCUCCUCCUUCAGCCAUCCAGCCCACCCAGCUCACCUCACUCCAAAUCGGCUUCCUCGAUCGCUACAGGCCCCAUGUUUCAGUUCAGCCCUUCCGAUGACGACCCGCCGUACUACGAUACCUUCCUCGCUUCUAAGCCGGCUCGUACAAUUUUGAGGGAAGUGCUGGGGGAGGCAGAAAGGGAGAAGGAGGGCCAGUUUCCUGCUGAUGGUUUGGUGUCACUGAAGCGGGUCCAGUUGCUGCUGUUUGAACUCACACUUUGA